UUCCGCUGGCGAUGCCGGGCGCUCCCGGCGCAGCUGUCGCGGCGGCGCUCGGCGCGGGGCGGGGGCGCGGCGCGCCCCGCGUGUGACCGGCGGGGCUCGGGGACCCGCCGUGCGGCGCGGAGCUUGCCGGGAGGAAGCGCGGGGACGCCCCGCAGGAAGCGGCGCUGCCGCGGGGCCGCCCCUGAGUCACCGGAGGGGCUUGUGCGGGCGGUGGGGCCGGGCCGGCAGCUCUGAUCCUCCGCCCUGCCCUGCCCUGCCCUGCCGGUGCCGCCUCGGGAGCACCGCCCGGCCGGAGGAAGCGCAACAUUUAAAGAUCACAAACAACUGCCCUAUAAAAAGAAGGGGGGAAAAAACGAUCCUACUUGGCAACAAUGAGGUAUUUUCACUUCUGUAAGCUUCCAGGAAGAGUUAUGGGAAUCCGCCUACUCCGCUUCACCUCUGUGGUGAUCAUCGUCUUACUUCUUGUGGCAGGUGCUUUAACAGCUUUGCUUCCCAACAUCAAAGAUGACAAAUUGCCCAAUUUGAGAAGGGAACCAAAACCCCAGAGUCAGUCUGCCUUGGAUUCAUUUACUCUUAUUAUGCAGACAUAUAAUAGAACUGACUUACUGCUAAAGCUCUUAAAUCAUUAUCAAGCCAUCCCCAACCUACAUAAAGUAAUUGUUGUGUGGAACAACAUUGGUGAGAAGACACCAGAGGAGAUGUGGAAUUCCCUGGGGCCUCAUCCUGUCCCUGUUGUCUUUAAAGUUCAAAGUGUAAAUCGCAUGAGAAACAGGCUGCAGAAUUUCCCUGAGCUGGAAACAAAAGCUGUUUUAAUGAUGGAUGAUGACACUCUAGUCAGCGCUCAUGACCUUGCUUUUGCCUUUUCUGUUUGGCAGCAAUUUCCAGAGCAUAUAGUGGGAUUUGUUCCUAGAAAGCACAUUUCUACUCCUUCAGGCGUAUACAGUUAUGGUAGCUUUGAAUUGCAGAACCCUGGAUUUGGAAAUGGAGAUCAGUAUUCUAUGGUUCUUAUUGGUGCAGCAUUUUUUCACAGUGGAUAUUUAGAAGACUUUCAACGACAGCCAGAAGCAGUUUACGCCUUAAUAGAUGAAACUCAAAAUUGUGAUGAUAUUGCCAUGAAUUUUCUGGUAGCCAAGCAUACUGGAAAGCCUUCAGGAGUGUUUGUAAAGCCUGUUGAUAUAAGAAAUUUAGAAAAAGACACUAACAGUGGCUAUUCGGGAAUGUGGCACCGAGCAGAGCAUUUGUUACAGAGAUCCUACUGUGUAAAUAAACUGGUUAAUAUUUAUGAUGGCAUGCCCUUAAAAUAUUCUAAUAUCAUGAUUUCUCAGUUUGGUUUUCCUAAUUAUGCAAAUCACAAAAAUAAAAUGUAAGCCAAUGAAUUUAAGGUGUUAAAUGUUAAACUGUACUCAGUAAACUCCACUGAGUUCAAGGAGAGAAUAAGGUGUAAUUCCUGCAUCUUGGUCAUCCCUCUUUGUAGCCUCUGAUUUUUCUCCAUUGGGCUUUUGGGCUUUUUAUGUGUUUUUUUUUCCUUUCUAACUAAUUCACCAAGGUAAGUUUUCUAAAAACUUAAUAUAUAACAAUGUUUAGCUGUGAUAAAAUCAUCCUCUUUCCUUAAAAUCUGAAAAGCUACUAUAACUAUUAGGCCAAUUCUUUAGAAACAUGCAGUCAAAAAUGCACUCCCACCCUUCAGAUCUUACAUUUUGAUUUUUUUUCUUGAAUAAACUUAUCUAGUCUAAUGAGACCUAGGCAUAUUUUUGACGGUUAUAUGUUGAGAUGCUUCCUUGCCUUUCCUCUCCUCACCUCCUUCUGUUCCCAGUGAAACUGUAGAAGAGCGACAGUGAACUGCUGGCCAGGCUUCUACACUCCUGUACAAAACCCCUUUGAAGUUUGUAUAUAAGCUGUUUGGUGUCCUGAGAUGUUCUGAAGCUGCUAUGAAAGCGAGAAGAGUACCUCACCUUAAUCUCAGAUAGUCCUAAAACCAUUGCCUACCAUAUCUAUUCCUGCUGAGAUAGUGGAAAAUGAUCUGUGAUGUGGCUUUUUUUCCUAUUAUUGAUUUGCCUAGAGUUGCUGAAACACUGCAAGCAGCUGAAAGGUAAAUCCUAGCAGUUGGAAAUGUAAGAAACAUGAAUACAUGAAAUAUGACACUUACAUAAGCAGUCAAAGAAAUGGGUGGGAUGUUAUUUAUUAAUACUCUCUUUAGUACAUAGUUUUAUUUUGAUAUUUUGCAUUUACAUUGAUACAAAAAUGUGCCCAGGAAAAUCCUCACUUGUUAAAAAUGUCUUAUUUACAAUUCCUAGUAAGAGCAAGCUGUUCUACAUUUAUUACAGUGUACAUUUUGUAAUUGUACAGAUCUGUUGUUUUUUUUUAACUACUCUUUCAAAUGCGUAUUUACUUUCUAGUUCCUUCUCUGGUUUUGGUGACUAUGACAACAGAAUUAAAAUGUGCAAUGAAUGGGUAAAGCAUUAGGAAAAAAAAGUAUUUUACACUACAGUAAUAUUUAACAGGGAUGGACUGUUAUCAGUCUCUGAAUUCCCUGGCUUCAUUUGUAGCAAGAAACAGAACUGCUGUCAAUAGCUUUUGUUAAACUGGGGCUCUGUAGUUCUGGAAACCUUGUGUUAACAUAGACAGGACAAACCUUUUCCAUUGCAGUUGCAGAAGGGUUGGGUUUUUUUUGGGUUUUUUUUUUUUUUGUUGUUUUUUUGUUUUUUUUUUUUUAUGGUAUGGAAGAAAGAACAAAAGACAGUGAUUUUCCUGGACCACAGAAUCAGAUUUGGCAUCCAAAGCAGAUUUAGUUUCAUCUGCAUCAGCUUUUAAUUGAUUCUUAGUAUAAGUUCAAAGGUAUCUGUGGGCAACCAAUAACAGCUAAUACCUGGUAAACAAAUAGCAUCUGCACAAAAAAUGUAUAAUUUUAUCAUUUUUUUGUAAUACAUUAGCUGAACAAAAAGUGAUUGAAGAAUGUGACAAGUUUUUUACAGCAGGGUGUGAGUCUUUGGGGGAACAGAGGAUUCUUUUGCCGUGUUCUAUCAGUGCUAAAGGAUUUGAUUUCUGUUCAGUGAAGUCUUCCUGGUACUUUUGUAAGACUUAAAGGGCAAAAUCUUAACAUGGCAUUGUAAAGUCUGCUUAAUUUUGUUGUAAUAGUGAAAAGUAGUUUUUAAUUAUUGUGUUGUAGUGCUUAGUAGUAUACAAACAGGUCUAUCAUCUUUCCAGAAAUGCAACUUUCCCAGUUGUAGUUUACUGUAUUUCAUUUACUUACUGGUCUUCCGUAAUUUCUGUUCUGUGCAGUAUCAGCUAGAAUUGUGAAGACUCACAGUUGUUGUUUAUCUUAUUUUUAAAAUGUGAAACAAACUGUCAGCUCAGCCAAAUCUUAGCAUUGGGCUCUGUGUUGGAUGGAAGGAGUUGUUUUGAUUUGUUCUGGGUUUUUUUUGUUCUUCUGUAUCAGUGAAAAAAUUAAUAGAACAAGCUUUUAAUGAUAUUGUUAAAUUUAAUUUGUACCAUUGUCAAAUAAAAUACAGAAAGCAGA